CCCUUGUCAGGUAGAGAGUGGUGGAGAUAGGAUUUGGCAGAAGUUAGCAGUGUGGACUUGCUGAGUGCUUGUGUUACUUGAAGUGCUCUUUCUUUUGAACAGAUGGCUGCACCACUAGUAACUGUCCUGCUUGCUCUUCUACCAGUGAUCCUUUGCUACCCAACCUCAUAUGUUGACCUUGAAGGCCAAGGCAGUAACAGGUCAUCUAUUCGCUUCUUGGCAAUUGGAGACUGGGGUGGACUCCCCUAUCCUCCUUACAUCACGCCCAUUGAGAAGGCUACUGCUGUUGAGAUGGGCCGAAUUGCUGAGCAGAUGGGAGCUGAUUUUAUCCUGUCCCUGGGAGACAACUUUUAUUACAAAGGGGUGACUGAUGUUAAUGACCCCAGGUUUGAGGAGACCUUUGAGAGGGUGUAUACUGCCAAGUCUCUGAAUGUCCCAUGGUAUGUUGUUGCUGGCAACCACGACCAUGCAGGAAAUGUCAUGGCUCAAAUUGAGUACUCAAAGGUGUCCAAGAGAUGGCAAUACCCAUACUACUACUACGAGCUGAACUUGCGCAUCCCCCAGACGUACAGCACUGUGACCAUCCUGAUGCUGGACACUGUUCUGUUGUGUGGGAAGACCGACGACUUCCUGAACCAGAAACCCCACGGCCCCCACAGCGUCCAUGCCAACCGACAGCUGGUCUGGCUGCAGGAGCGCAUGGCCCGCUCUAAGGCUGAUUUCCUCCUGGUCGCUGGCCACUACCCUGUGUGGUCCAUCUCUGAGCAUGGCCCCACUGACUGCCUACUGAAGAAGCUGCGCCCUCUACUGGUCAAGUAUAAGGCUACAGCUUACCUCUGUGGCCAUGACCACAACCUACAGUAUCUCAAGGAGUCUGGAGUGGGUUACAUUGUCAGUGGAGCUGGGAACUUCAUGGAUCCAGACACUCGCCAUCGCAAGCACGUUCCCCACAACUCCCUCAAGUUCUUCACUGGCAAGGCCUCUACCCUGGGUGGCUUUACACACAUUGAGAUUGACAAGAAGAAAAUGACCAUCACCUUUAUACAAGCCAGGGGCACGUCUUUGUAUCGGGCUGUCCUUUCUAAACGGGAUCUGAACUUUGAUAGCAUGCCUGAUUCCGAGUAGCAGCAAUAUUUUGGAAGGAUCUUUAAUGUAAUUAUCAGUUUUGAAUGAUUUGAAGACAAAUCCACAGGAUAAUGCCUAAUCUGUGUUUAAAUAUUUUAGAAUAUUUGUAAUAAAUUGAUUUAAUUUUUUAUAAAUAUUAAGAGGCUAUUAAAAUGUCAAACUUAAA